AAGAUAUCAUGCUCCAAUGACUGUAGCACACAUACUGUAGGAUCUGCUCUCAGAGUACCUUGCACUCAGCAAACCCCGUCUAUCUUGGUAGAAGUACCGGUCUCUUGCAAUAGGAGCAGCACAAGCUAUCAAAGUCAACAUGUCCAGCCCAACGUCUGCAGCGGGCGCAAGCAUGGCCGACCUUGCAGACCUUAUCUACAAGCACACCGAAGAGAGCAGGCAUCUUCAAACGCAGAUUGACCAGCUGCGCCUUGACAUUGCGAAUAACGUGCCCACAGCCGGUGUUAACGCGCUCGGACAGCUCGAAACCCAGGGCAAGAAGAUGGUUAAAGAUCUUGUCCGCCGCAUCGAAGUUAUCGAGAACAAGCCCAGCCAGACGGCAACGGAUCGCCAGUAUCUGCAGGGCCUGAAUCGACAUCUGGUUGUUUGUGACAGGCAGGUGGAUCAGCUUGCUGAGCUCACAGCUCUGAUGCUCGAGGCUCGAGGCAGUGUCGGAGAAGGACGUCCUAGCCGCUCGGAGCUCUUGGAGCCGGAGGAGGGGCUGUCACCGAGUGAUAAGCCGCGCAUGUACAAGGAGAAGGCACCGCAUGUGUACCCAGUCGCACCAGCCCUCGCCAACAGUCCAGAAAAGCACGUGCCAUCGAAAGGAGCGCAGCAUGCUCGCCAGGGUUUUACCUUGGGAAGCCCUGCAGAGGCACUCGACACUCGCCAAAAGGCUGAUGUUGCCGAUGAUCCCAAGGCAUAUGAGGAGUAUCGGCACGACUUUGACCCUGACGGCGGGGACGACGACGAGGUAGAUGAAGAGGAACCAGAAGUUAACAAGUCAGUCUGGCCAAUCUGUUAUCGCAUCAUGGAUGUCGAUCCAGCGACAGACCCAUACUACUUAGCAGACGCUUGCAACAAGGCAUACCGGAAGCUCUCGUACCAGCACGAUCCGAAGUGUCUACCAAAUGACGUGGAUGCGCCGGCACGCUGGGCCGCUAUUACCAAGGCGUAUGAGACGCUGAGCGAUCCGGAGCGCAAGAACUUCUACGAUAUACAUGGUCGGACGCCGGCCGAGUUAGAGGACUUUGAUAUAUCGAGGCUGCGGAUUGGUGGUUGAUCUGCGAAGCUGACGGUCGGCUGGUAGUACAUCUCGGGCCUUUAGAAAGAUGAUAGUCCCAUGGAGUGAGUGCUUGUCCAUGAUUUUGGUAUAGAUAAUGUGUACUGCGAGCAUUACCAUCACGGACGAGCUGUAGGCUAUGGCAGUAGAUGUAUAUCUUGUGUCAAGCACUCAUUCGACCUCCCCGUCU